AUGAAAUUAACGCAUCUUAAUCUUUCUUUCUCCAGUUUCUAUGGCGUAAUUCCAACUGAAAUUUUUCACCUAUCUAAACUUGUUUCGCUUGACCUCUCUGGUGUUACUUAUUCCCUUAGAUUACCUAAAUUGAGCCAACAUGUUUUUAAUAAGCACUCACAGAAUCUUACAAAAUUAAGAUAUCUUCAUCUCGAUGAGGUGGAUUUGUCUUCAGUUGCACCUGGCUCCUCGCUGAACUUGUCUUCUACUCUGAUAUCUCUUUCAGUUGGAGAUACUGGUCUGCAAGGCAGGUUUCCAAAUGAUGUUUUCCGCCUUCCGUUCCUCCAGAAGUUGAGUUUGACCACAAAUAUACAGCUUAGAGGUAAUUUACCAAACUCUAACUGGAGCAGUUCCCUUAGAUUCUUGGAUCUCUCUUUGACAAAUUUCUCAGGACAAUUACCUGACGCAGUCAGUGAUCUUAGAUGCUUGAAUGUAUUGGAUCUCUCUUUCACAAGUUUCUCUGGAAAAUUGCCUGACAAAAUUGGCAAUCUUAGAUACUUGAAUGUGUUGGAUCUCUCUAUGACAUAUUUCACAAGUUCAAUUCCAACAUCACUUCGGAAUUGCACGAAUAUCACUUCUUUGGAUUUGGCAGCAUUCAACCUCCCACAGCUUUCAGCUUUAGACUUUUCCGAAAACCAAUUUGAAGGUCUUAUUCCAUAUCAAGUAAGUGGUCUUUCAAAUCUGCUUUCUCUCGACCUAUGUGAUAAUUUUCUCGAUGGAAGAGUUCCAUCUUGGUUGUUUACUCUACCAUCUUCGGCAUCAUUGGACCUUAGCAAUAACAAACUCACAGGUCCGAUUGAGGAGUUCCAUCAGCCUGGUUCUGUGACAUUUGUUUCUUUACUGAAUAACCAAAUUCAAGGUUCAAUUCUGAAUUCCAUGUUUGAACUUUUAAACCUUACAGACCUUGACCUUUCUUUCAACAAUUUGAGUGGCAUUGUGAAACCAGAAACGUGUCCAAGCUCAAAAAUAUAG